AUGGGUAAGAUUAUCCAAACAACUGUGGUACUCGUACUUCUGUUGGUGCUAGAAAACGGCAUUGGUGCAUGGGGUGACGGCUUAGUCUCCUCAAACGGCAAUGUCGGGUUAACAUCAAGCCCCUCCUCUGUGGACACGGCUACAGAGGUGCCUGCAACAGCAGUACCACUUCUUGCACUUGGAUCAUCUUCGUUCGACAGCGCAGCGUUGCUGAAGAAAUACGCCACACCUGCUACCGCCGUAAGCACAGUCAGAUCAACAUAUCGGAACUGGGUCGGUCCCUAUAGUCUCGCAUCCGACACCUCGUGUUACCGUGAGGCCCAUAUUAUGGACAUUUGUCCGAGAAACUACGACCGCAACAGCCUGACCAAUACUUGCUGGACAGAAUGUCCAGUAGAAUUUCCUCUCGAGUGUGGCAUGGAAUGUGUACGACAGAACAGUGACUGUACACUUGAGGUCUCGAGCAAAGUAUCUGCAGUGGCCAUGGCAGUUAUUGGCACAGCCACCUUUGGUAUAAUGGGCGAAUUGUUGAAAAUGGGCAAGAAAUUGACUUGGGCCGUGCAAUGCACGAACCAGUUGCUGCUGGUAAUGAGAGAUAUCAUUCGGUACGUUCGUAACGUAAAGACGGAGGACCCACAGACGUCCCAAGCGAAGCUUCUGUUGAUGCUGUAUCAGACCAACGCCGUGGUGACCGACUUGCCCAUGGCCAUCAUCGCGUGCAUGGGGAAGAACAUUCCUUCAAAGUUUCGGCUUACGCAAAUUGUUAUGGCUACAUCGCAGUGGAUGUUGCUACAGGCUCUCACCUACAAAGACGACAUCAUCUCGAGCUGGGGGAGGUUUCUGGCGUUCAUCAAGGGCGCCAACUUCACGGAAGCUGUAGAAGAAAUUACAGAGGGCGAGAUUGAGUCGCUGGAAACGGCAAUGAAGCAGAACUCCAGUUGUGGCGGUGACUUGAAAUCUUUGACCAAUCGUGUCUGGAUGACGGUUAAUGAGUACCGAGAAGACACGCCCGGCAUCACGGAUGACGAAAUUCGCCUCAAGAUCAGUGAGUCCAACCUUGUACUUUAUGAUGUCGCCACAGUAACCAACAAUUGUAUGCAGCACCUGACGAAAGAAUCCAACGAGGAGACUGCGUAUAAAACCCGUGAGACACUGCGCAAGAGUAUUGGAGUGAUAAUCAACGAUCUCAUCAAGUCAGGAAAAAGUGACAAUGGCACGUCGUUGGACGAGAAAGCAGCCGCGUACAAGUGGAUCGACACGGGUCUUUCUACUAUUUCUGCGUCGAUGAUUGACCCGACGGAUAUUUCGACAUUGCUGUCCGAGUAUAUUCAGACAGUUUGUGGACCUACCCAAUUCAUGGGUGAGAUCGAUGAUGGAACGCAAGAUGCAACGCUGGGGCUAAAUGCGCUACAAAAAGCUUUUCAAGGUAGCUCCAGCUCGUGGAAAAGGGUGGGUGAUGGUGCAGUUAUUAUUAACUUUGCAAGUACCGAUACAAAGGACGUGUUGGUGGACAUUAUGUCGGGAGGCGAUAAAAUUGACAAGGUGUAUGUCGCUGCGGGUGGAACUGCCCGGUGGAUGUCAAACACCACAGCGUUGGGUGGCAAAACAUUGUAUCUCGACCGCUGGCGAUCCGGUUGGUUUGGUUUGCCCGGUACGGGAGGUGGUUCGCUAGUACUGUGGGUUCCGAUAGCGUCUAAAGGAGGCCACCUGGAGAUCGAAGCGAAGCUUAAUGUAAGCUAG